AAACUGUCGAACCCACAUUGUUGCAGAUUUGGCAAGAACCCACCAGUUCCAUAAGUACCCAUAAAUCCCAUAAGAUCCAUAAAUUUGCCUCGGAGCCAGACGCUAAAGCGGAACCGUACUAGCUCAAAGUCUUAGGGUAGUUUUAGAGUAGGUUGAUCGUUCAGGGGUGCGCCCAGCCACUUCAAAUUGUCGGUGAAGGGACGAUCCCUCUCUUCUCAUUCGCAGUUCCAACUCACGAUGCUCUCCUAAGCCUUAAAACCUUUUUUUUCUUACAUUCGAGUCCAUCGCGUGCUGCCGAAGUGGGUAGUUCUAGAUUUCAAAGGUUUCCCCGUUUGAUUGUUCGUAGACUGGCCGGUGCUUUGCAGCUCACAAAAAGGGAUCGUCAAGACCAAGAAAACGAUACGAUACGAUCUUGAUCUUCCACAAACGGAUCUACUGAGCAGCUGUGAGAAAGAUUGAUCUUCGAACCGAGCUCUCUCUUUUCACUCAUUUUGGACCCGCUGCAAGCAACAGGAACAACAGCUCUGUGAGACUCGACCUCGACGACAACGUCUCACGACCUCACACAAACACUUGAGUGAAACAUUCUCAUAAUCAUCUAUUUCAUAAAUAUCCCGUGUAUAUAUACCACCAACAUAAUAUCUGCAAAUAUGGGUUCCUGGGAUUGGGACGGAGAAUCCGUCAUCUCAACCUCAACACGCAGGUCGCGAUCCGGCCACCACAAGACUUCCAAGUCGCGGGAUUCAUCGCGCUCCCACCGCAGCAGCAAGCGACACUCAGGUCUUGCGUCCUUCUUCGGUGUCGGUGGCAAUCACAGCCAUCGCAGCACCAGCGGUAGCCACUACGCCAAAAACAAUGCCUCUAAGAGCUCUCUCUUCAACCUAGCUGGAGGCAACAACAGCACGCGGAGUUUCUUCAGUUUCGGUCGUUCAAACUCGUACUACAAACGGCAACCACGAUCCUCCUUCCUGCAGCGCACGCUCAAGAAACUCAAGCGUCUCCUCCGCGACCUCGUAUACUACGCCAAACGCCACCCCCUCAAAGUAUUCAUGCUCGUCAUAAUGCCCCUCAUCACCGGCGGUGCCCUAACUGCGCUCCUAGCGCGUUUUGGACUCCGCCUACCACCAACCAUCGAGCGCAUGCUCGGCGUAGCCGCACGUGCCGGUUCAGGCGAUAGCACCGGUCUAAUGAGCGAAGCCGUACGCAUGGCCGGUGGUCUAGGACGCCAUGAGUCCAUUUCCAUUGAGCGCGCUCCGCACGGCCAUCAUAAUGAUUACCAAUGGGAGCGCCGUCGAGAGUACCACGGUGAAAGCAGUGGCUCCGGCGGUUUCUUCAGUGGAAUACGAGAUUUCUUUUCUUAGGCGUGAAGCCAACUAAAUAAAACAAACAACCAAAAAAGAAAAUCAUAUAAUCACACAUUUCUCAUCUCUGGGUAUGUAUAAUUCGGGAUACCCUGGGGUUGGGAGAUUUAACGCCUGGCCGGCCGGACGGAUGGAUGAACGGACGAGCAGGCGGGCGGAAUGAGUUUGAUACUUGAAGUAUCUACCUAAUAUGAGGCGUUCCGGUUUGGGCGGACCUAGUUUUUGAAUUAAGAGUUCUUUUCUUCACUUCUUAUCUUUCAUUACGUAUACCUUUUGCUAGAGUUGGGGUUCACGAUUGAUGUCUGGAAAAAGAAGAAUGGUUUGAAAGAAUCGAUACGAUACCCUAAUGUUAGACUUAAGAAUUUAGUCACAUUUUUCCAUUAAAA